AUGCCUCGUGUCGUUGAAGAUCAAUUGGGAAAAUUCAAAACGGACCCUUUAUUUAAGCAGCUGCAAGCUCAGUCUGAGGUGAGUAUAUGUUUUCAAUUAUUGAAGGCAAAUAAAGCAAGCGUGCAGUCGUUGAUGCACGAUAGCUUCUUGAAAUAGUUCUUUAAUCGUGUCUAUAUUAUAAUUGUUUGUAAUAUUAUUGACCACUUGAUAGAAAAUCAACAAACCUCACUAGACAGCAUACACAUGCAUGAAUAAAUACUUGUUAAUGUACAGCAUAAAGAUGUAGAUUAUUUUUUUGUUGAUGAUUGCUAUUGCCCUGUUUGUUGACUGAUUCCGGCAUUGGAGAUCAAUGAAUUUGUAGUCCGGUAGGGCGGACGAAUUUGUAGUCCGGUAAUAAACUAUACAGAAGUAAACAACCUUAUACAGCCAAAACCAAAUGAUAUCACAAUUCCAGUGGUACAGCAUUACUUUUAUAUUUUGAACAUAACAUACCAUGCAUGUACAACAGUUCAAGUAAAUGAAAGUAAUUAUUAUCUGACUGUGUUUCAACUAUAUCCGUGUUUGUACGAACUUAGCAAAAUCAUGACCGUGAAGGGGCUUGUUUAUCUGAUAUAAAAUCUUGUUAAUGUAUACACAAACCUUACGUUCAUUUGUGUCACCAAAUGGCAAAUAUGAUUAGUGUUUUUGAGAUGAUUGAAGAGUUAAAUUUAUAAGAACGCUGUCACUAUGGAUCACAAGAUAUAAACUUGUACAUGUAUUUGUGUUGGUCCUAUAUGUAGGAACUAUACACGUAUAAUUAUAUGCACAUUGUUAUAUAGAUCCGAUACACAGGAUAUUAUAAUUGUUCUGUUGAAGAAAGAAGGAUACGUUUUUGUACAGAUUGCUAUGAUGGAAGCUGCAAGAUAGUAAGCUAUUUUCGUUGUCCAUUUAAUCAUUUGUCUUUGUUCAUUCCGGCUGCUGAUAAGCCUUGGUUCAACGAGGACGAAGAGUUGACUGAGAGUUUGCAAUCACCGCGAAUGGACGAUUCCAUCUAUAGACUAAAUUUUGAUCUAGGCAAGAAGAACAAAAUCCAUCACCACAGCUAGGAAGAGCACGUUAAAAUUAGUAAAAUUGCAAAGUUUGGCCGCGAAAUGUUGUAAAAUGCGGAAAAUAUAUAGCCCUGCGAAAUUUGCAAAUUUUGUAUUAAUUUGCAUUGCGCGCGGGAAAGUGCACCACAUUUGGGCCGAAAGUGGUGCAUUUUCCCGUGCGUAAUACAAAUUAAUACAAAAUUUGCAAAUUUCGUAGGGCUAUAUUUUCCUCAUUUUACAACAUUUCGCAACCAAACUUUGCAAUUUUACUAAUUUUAAAUUGCGCUUUCUAAUUGCGGUGAUGGAUUUUGUUCUUCUUGCCGAGAUCAAAAUUUAUAUAGUCUAUACUAUGAGUUGGAAUCAUCCAAUACCUAAAACUGUCGCAUGCAACCUACUUACAACUUGAUUUCUUCUGUGUAAAUCAAGCACACGAUAUCUACAACAACGUAAGCGAGUUGUGUGCUUGAUUUACACAGUAUAUAACUCGAGUUGUAAGCAGGUUGCAUGCGACAGUUUUAGGCAAACGCGUUGUGUAGUAGAAAUCGGCUUUUACAAGUUACAUUUCAGGCUCUAGAUUAACAAAAUAAGAAUUGAGAUGAGUAUUGAUACGUUUUCCAACUACUGUCGAUUUAAAUAAAUACAUGAUAGUGUUGGGAAAGCAUUAAGAACAGCUAACCAAGGGCAUGAAGAUCGCGUGAUUCCCAGAUUCUCAUGCAACUCGCAUGUACUUCCAUGCAAUGUACUUCCACGCAAUUGAAAGCGACUGGUAUGAUUUACGUUAUUUCUGAAAUUAUUUUGAAACUUUUAACUGCAUGAACUUUGGCUAUUUAAUUGUACAUUUUCAUGUCUUGAAAUCGUAUAUUUGGAAAUUACGGCAAAGGCGCCGAAUUCCAGUUAAAAUGCUUAUACUAUACAUACACCCCAAACCCGCACAAGCUUCCCUCAAGCUUAACUUUAGUGUUUAUACUAUAUCAUUUUUUCUUAUUUACAUGCAUUUUUCUUAUUUUGAACAUGUUCCAUAUUCCUUAUAAUGUAAUCUUUGGUAUAUUUCUAUAAGUAUAGGCUAUAAAGCCUAUAAUAAUGAAGGGAAUGUGAAUUUAUUUGCCAUUUCCCACGAUAGGGUUUUCUCCGAAAUGGCGUCAACUUGCUGCUGUCUUUUCCAAAAUCUUUGGAAUCUCAAUACUCUUCGUCAGAGUACGUAGACUUCUUGCGAGAGCCAGGAAAGGUAAUUGUCUGAAGAUUUAUGAUAAUAUUUAUGGAAUUUUGACUCGUACAACUGACAUGCAAUCACAGUGUAGUUAGUGUAAUGAUGUACUGUUUAAAACACGAGCAUGCAGGAGUGUUUUAUCAUAUUUCAUAUCUGAUAUAAAGCACGGACUGUGAAUGUUUUAAAUGGUUAAAAAAACGUCCCAUCUUAUGAGUUAAUUGACGAAGUAAUUUUAAAAAUCAACGUUGUCUAAGCAGAGUGCUUCGAUUUGCUCGUACUCUUUGAAUGGGAAGCAAAAUAUUAACUUAAUUUAGGACUUUAUUUGUUCUGUUCACUGUUGUCUGACCCUUCAAUUGUUAUGUAAUUGUAAAAAAAAAAUAAAGCACCAGCCGUUUAUCAUACCGAGCGUUGAAGUCAUUACAUGGAGUUCUAUAUAUUAUAAGGACAAGGUCAAGGGCGUUCGUGUUUUAUUUAUUUUGAAAUUUUUAUCAUAAAAAGGACAUGAUUUUUGCAAUAGUAUGACUUGUAUUUUGUUGGCUGUAGAGUGUAUAGACUGUGUAGUUUCUUACGACGAGCUUUACAGAUAUAUGAUAUUAUAUACUAUAAGUGUGAACACAAUAUCUGGAGUUUCUGAGAAAUAGCUCGCUGGUCUGAGCAUUAGUUCGUUAGAACCUGAGACUGUGGAUUUAAUUCUCGAGUGCGACAUUAGUCUUUCAACAAGUGAUUUCUACUUAAUCUUCUGAACACACAACCACACCACCACAAAUCACGAUUUCUGGCAAAGUUUAUGUUUUAUUCCAUCUUCAGGUGUUUUUGGUAGCCCCUCUAAUCUUCAACGGUGUUUGUGUCAAAUUUUAUGGUUGGCUAGACGUGCAAAGAUUACGUGGUUUUGGAAGUUUGGAAUUUGACGAAGAAUCAGCGCAGGUAUUUACCGCCAUAAAUCGCUAGAAUACUGGUGUUUAGUAAUACACUUGUAAGUACAAGUAUAUAACACUGUGAAGAACAACAAUUUAGAGAAUAUCUGUGUCUGCAAUGAUUCUAUACUUGAUCCAUUCCUGUAAUAUCCAGUUAUCUGAUUACACCUCAGUUACAUGGGGAGGCAAGGUGCCUACUCUAGCUUUCCUCUUGAAGUUACACUGGACAUUUGAGACGGACUUACUGGACCUCUAGGAAGAACAGUUUAGAACUGAUAGAACUCCACUGAAUAACUGAAGUUAGUUUAGUCUAUAGGUUUCCUCCUGUAUAAUAACACUGAAUCAAUAGAACUCCACUGUAUAAAUAAAGUUAGUUUAUUCUAAGUUUAUUCUAGGUUUCCUCCUGUGGUAACACUGAAUCAAUAAGAGAUGACCCUUACUGGACCUCUGUAGGAGAACAGUUUAGAACUGAUAGAACUCCACUGAAUAACUGAAGUUAGUUUAGUCUAUAGGUUUCCUCCUGUAUAAUAACACUGAAUCAAUAGAACUCCACUGUAUAAAUAAAGUUAGUUUAUUCUAAGUUUAUUCUAGGUUUCCUCCUGUGGUAACACUGAAUCAAUAAGAGAUGACCCUUACUGGACCUCUGUAGGAGAACAAUUUAGAACUGAUAGAACUCCACUGUAUAAAUAAAGUUAGUUUAUUCUAGGUUUCCUCCUGUAGUAAUAAUGGAUCAAUAAGAGAUGUCCGUUACUGGACAGUUUAGAACUGAUAGAACUACCAGUAUAGUAUAUAAAUAGAGUUAGUCCACAGAUUUCCUUCUGUAGUAACACUGAACUGAAGGGUGGCUGUUACUGGACUUUUAGAGAGAACAUGCAGUUUCGAACUUAUAGUCCGGUAUACUAGAUGAAGAAGGGAAGGCCUUAAAAUGGACCUUUAGGAAGAACAGUCCAGAACUGAUAGAGCUAUUCCGUGCAAAGCAAGUUAUUUUUGUCCUGUAGUAAUACUGGAACAAGAAAAAUUAUCUUUACUGAACCUCAAGCGAGGACAGUUUCACCUAUUAAAUUCUAAAUGUUAGCUUACGAUCCCGUGACUGUGUUAAGUGUUAGUAAUGACAAGGGGGUUGCUAAUUUGUUUACGAACUUCCUUAUAAAGUUUCAAGUGUCUCUUAAAAUAUUGGAUUUAGCGUAUAAAAACGUCAAUUAAAUAAACGCUGUGUUUGCCACAAACAAGACAAUUCGUCUCCAUGCACAGAAGCUAUGACGUCAAAUCUUUGUUUCAUAGAUAGAAGACGAUUUUCUACGAGAAACAUUAAGACGCAAGCAUGGAAGUCUCGAGGCUGCCUCUGCUGCCAAAGCAUUUGAAGACAUGUGCUGUACAUCGUCAGAGGCUGGCCCUCGUACGAGUUGUAUAUAUGAUUGUCGUAGGAUUGCCCAAAGUAGAUAUAGUGUGUAG